GAUUUCACUUAAGAAUUUUUUAUUUUUAUCUAAUGAAGGUUUAUACUACGAUAAUAAAAAAAUUAAUGUUAAACAUAAAGCAUUCAUAUGUGAUGCACCUUCUCGUUGUUUUCUUAAAUGUAUACAAGGUCAUACAGGAUGUUACUCUUGUAAAAGGUGCCAAAUUCAAGGAUUAUAUGAGGAUCAUAGAGUGGUUUUUAUUGAUGAAAACCUAUCAACUCCAAGUUCAACUGAGGAGUUUAAUAACUUUUUGUACACUAUACAUCAGAAAUCUUUUUCUCCUUUAGCUCAACUUCAAAUAUCUUAUGUUUCUGAUUUUAUUUUAGACUAUAUGCACAUGGUUUGUCUUGGAGUAGUAAGACGCAUACUUACCUUUUUAAAGUCAGGUCCUAAACAUUGUAGACUUUCAAAUACCCAAAUAAAAAAAAUAUCUGCUAAUCUAUUAAGCUUACGUGGUAUGAUGCCAUCUGAAUUUGCUCGACAACCACGGUCUCUUUUUGAGUUAGAUCGUUGGAAAGCAACAGAGUUCAGGCAAUUUAUUUUAUACACUGGUCCCUUAGAUUUAAAGGGUGUUGUUAGCAAAGAAUUUUAUAACCACUUUCUAACAUUGCAUGUUGUGAUGGUGAUUCUCUUAAACAAAGAAAAUCAAGAUAAAAAUCAUUAUCUUGAAUUUGCUAAAAACUAAUAAAUUAUUUUGUUACUAAUUCGAAACAUUUAUAUACAAAAUCAUUCUGUGUUUAUAAUGUUCACUGUUUACUUCAUAUUUGUGAUGAUGUUGUUAGAUUUGAUUGUUCACUAAAUAUAAUAUCUUGUUUUCCUUUUGAAAAUUAUAUGCAGACAUUGAAGAAAGCAGUGAAAAAUUCAAAGAGUUUGGUUGUUCAAAUUAAAAAACAGUAUCAAAAUUUACAAUAUUUAUUUAAUACAAAAUCUCAAAAACUAAAUAUUUGAGUGAAGCUGAAAAAUUCAUGCUUUUAUCUAGAAGAAAAUCAACUUUGUUUUAUUGAUAAGAAAUUAACAUCUGGAUUUUUUAAAUGUAGAGUAUUUAAACUUGAUUUACGAAGUGAUUUAUAUACACAACCGAUUCUGUCUAACCUUUAAAAUUUUCUUGAUACCAAAGAUUAAUGAAAUAAAAGUAAAAGUGGUUGUGUUAGGAGUUGAAAGUCUCUGCUGAAAGGUUGUUGCUCUACCCUGAAAAGAAGUUUUCAACCAUCAAUGAUGAAAUGGAUGCAGAUGAAACAUGGGACAAAUAUAAACUUAUCAAAAUCAAAUUUGAGAGUGAUAAUAUAAAUGAGCUAAAAGAAUAUGGUUACACAACAGCAGCAUAGGAGGAGGAUGAAAUAGAUAAUUGUUUUACAAGUUCCAAAGGCACAUUUAAAGUGAAAAGUAAUGUUUAUGUUACCAAAUUUUCCGUUGCCUCCAACAGUUUUGCAAUCCAUACCAACAAAAUCAUUAAAGAGAUCAUUUGAUUUUAAUUUGUCACCUGAAUCAAUUAUUUUAAAACAAUCAAAUAUUUGUUCUGCUUUGCCUGACUCUUUACCUUUACACAUAGAGGAACAAUCAACUUCGUAUUCUGAGUCACUGUCUUUGCCUAACUUCUUUUUACCUUCAAAAUCAACUGAAAAGGAACAAUCAAGUUUUUUUACAGAAUACCAGCAUAUGAUGUUCAAAAUGGUAUCAAAAAUUCUUGAAAAUCAGGAGCUAAUUAUUGCUGUAAAUAAACAACCCCAUAGUAAUUUGGCAGUUAAGCAAUUAGAGAUUAUAGCAGAAUACAAAGAUUUUGUCAAAUAUUUAGAGGAUGAUUCAGUUCGCCUUGAUUUGGUUAAACAACUGAGUUUUUUAGGCGCAGAAGAAUGUAAACAGCUGAUAAGAUUGGUUAUGAAUAGAUUAUUUACAAAUACCCUAUUGGCACAGUUUAAUUUAAAAGGUUCUGUUGGAAAAAUUGGUUUAUUAUCAACGAAGCUAUAUGAUGUAUUAGAAGAAGUUGUAACUAAAAGGUUUAGAAAAGUUUCAAAUUCUGAUAUAAGACAGCAAAUCGGAAGAUAUUGUAAAAAUGCUCCAUCGCUUAAAAAUAGAAACUAAAAUUUAUUUUUUAUUGUAUAUAUUAUAUGUUAUAUACAUUGUUAUAUAAAAAGAUACUUUAUUAA